GUGUGUGUGCGCGCGUGGUGUGCAGAGUGGCAGAAGUGCGCAUGCGCAGCGACACCACGCCGGAGAUGAGCCGUUGACAGGUCUGGGUUUUUAGGCCGUUUUGCAGCUGAGGCCAGUCCAAUGGAGUGGGCCCGCCGGCUCAAGAUCAGGGAACUCGGCGCGGAGCUCACCUGCUACCUCUGCAACGGCUACUUCGUGGACGCCUUCACCGUGGUGGAGUGCCUCCACUCGUUUUGCAAGUCCUGUAUCAUAAAGCACGUGAGAAAAAAAUGUUCCUGUCCAAGAUGCGAGACGCAGAUAAACCAGGCUCGUCUGACGGCGGCAUUAAGGCCUGACCAGACCCUGCAGUCUGUGGUGUACAAACUGGUGCCCCGUCUCUUCAACGCCGAGAUGCAGCGGCGGAGAGAGUUCUACGGGCGCCACCCGCGGAGAGAUCGCAGCCUGUCGCCGGAGAGGCGUGGUGACGUCAGUUCCCAGCAGUUUGUGUGCACGCUCACCGACCCCAUCAGCUUCAGCCUCGAGUACUACAGCCAUGGUGGCGAGGAGACCGCACUGCCUCCAAAACGGUUCUUCCAAGCGCCGGCCAGCCUCAGCGUGGGUCACCUGCGGAAGCUGCUGACCAUGAAGCACGGCCUGGCCACAUCAGCCCAGCUGGACAUCUUAUACGGCGGGGAUGUUCUACGGGAUGAACUCAUGAUCCUGGACGUGACCUGCAUGUACAGCUGGGAACGGAGGCAGGUCUGA